GGAGUCAGGCAAGGGAAAGAGAAGCUGGAUUUCCACAUUUCGCCCUAUUCUCUUCGAAAAGCAUACUUAAUGUAAUACCAACAGUCCACGAGUUUUUGCAAACACAUGUUUUCUUAUUCAUACAGGUUUAAUAUCUGAUAUCGGGCAGGUAAUGUAUGGGGUUCACGGUAUUAGCUCAGUUUUCGCUCUAUUCAGCAAACUGUGAAAAGAAGAAAGACGCGGAGAAGAAGGAAAAGUCUGGCAGAGCGGAGUUGGAGUUGAGACGUCAAGUCACAUAGUCACAUAGAUGCACAUCUGCAACAAGCGAGAAAAGACUUCACUUACGAGAAGACAAAAAAAGUUCAAGAAUUAUAGGAGGGGAAACAUCAUUCGAACACGUGUCCUGUCUCCAAGAGGUGCUGAGGAAUGAGCUGUCGCCAUGGAAACCCAGUCCCAGGCCAGUUCUGCAGCUGAGAAGAAGAAGAAGGUGGAGACCAUCGUGGCAACCAAGGGCUUGUCCACGUCCGCCGACAUCAGCGAGAAGGCUGUGGCCUCCAGCACUACAUCCAAUGAAGAUGAGCGAUUGGGCACGCAGUACCACCACCACCGCGAGCGGCGCAACGCCAUCAGCACCCAGGCCUCCAUGCCUGGCACCCCUGGAAGCAAGCUGGGUGAGGAGUCCUCCACGUCCACAGAAGAGCGCCCCCCACUGGUAAAGAAAGAGCUGCACAGCUCACUGCCCCACCUGGCAGACCACGGCCUGCCCUAUCGCGGAACGCUGUUUGCCAUGGAUCCCCGCAACGGAUACCUGGACUCCCACUACGCACCGCCACAGUUUUUCCCUGCUUUCCAUCCACCGGUGCCUAUCGACGACAGACAUGCCCAGGGUCGCUACAUCUACGAGCCGUCCCCCGUUCCCCCUCUACACGUGCCUCCUUCGCUGGCCGGCAGUCCGACGUUCUCCGACAUCUCCCUCAUCCGGAUCUCGCCCCACCGGAACCCCUCCGUGGGGGCAGAGUCACCCUUUAACCCACCACAUCCCUACAUCAACCCCUACAUGGACUACAUCCGCUCACUUCACUCCAGUCCCUCACUUUCUAUGAUCUCUGCAGCCAGGGGCCUCAGCCCUGCAGACGCCCCUCACACAGGCCUGACCACAGCAGAGUACUACCACCAGAUGGCUCUCCUGGCAGGCCACCGUAGCCCGUACACGGACCUCCUACCCUCUGUGGCCUCCACGGCCGGAGCCACCAGCAGCGCCCUGCACAUGGAGUAUCUACAGGCCAUGGAGAGCUCCAGGUUCCCCAGCCCCAGGCUGACGGCAAGGCCAAGUAGGAAGCGGGCCCUGCCCAUCUCUCCCCUGUCGGAGCACAGCUUUGACCUGCAGACCAUGAUCCGCAACUCGCCCAACUCCCUUGUCACCAUCCUCAACAACUCCCGCUCCAGCUCCUCCACCAGCGGCUCCUACGGACACCUCUCAGCCGGGGCCAUCAGUCCGGCAUUGAGUUUUGCCUACCCUCCGAACCCCGUGGCACUUCAGAUGCAUCAGCAGCUGCUUGGUCGGCAAACAGGGAUGGUGGGUUCUGCGUUUGGCCACAGUCCGCCGCUCAUCCACCCCUCCCCGGUCUUCACCACCCAGCGGCCCAUCCCUGGCAUUCCUCCUCCUGGCCUCACACCCAGAGAGCGCUCUGUCAUCUCUAACGACACCUCACAGAACAAACCCACCAGUGAGUCAGCGGUGAGCAGCACGGGGGAACCCAUGCACCACAAACGCUCCAAGAUCAAACCUGAUGAGGAGCUACCCAACUCAGGGGCCGUAAAUUGCCAGGACCAUCCGGAUGGGAUGACACUGGUGAAGGAGGAAGGUGACAAGGACGAGAGCAAGCAGGAGCCAGAGAUGGUGUACGAGACCAACUGCCACUGGGAGAGCUGCCACCGGGAGUUUGACACGCAGGAACAGCUAGUGCAUCACAUUAACAAUGACCACAUCCACGGGGAGAAGAAGGAGUUCGUGUGUCGCUGGGACGAGUGUUCACGGGAGAAGAAACCCUUCAAGGCCCAGUACAUGCUGGUGGUCCACAUGCGCAGGCACACCGGGGAGAAACCACACCGAUGCACCUUUGAGGGCUGUCCCAAGGCCUACUCUCGCCUGGAGAACCUGAAGACCCACCUGCGCUCCCACACUGGAGAAAAGCCGUACGUCUGUGAACACGAGGGCUGCAACAAGGCCUUCUCCAACGCCUCAGACAGAGCCAAGCACCAGAACCGCACACACUCCAACGAGAAACCCUACGUGUGUAAGAUCCCGGGCUGCACCAAGCGCUACACAGACCCCAGUUCCCUACGCAAGCACGUCAAGACCGUGCACGGGCCGGAGGCGCACAUUACCAAGAAGCAGCGCAGCGACACCUACCCACGACCCCCUCCCCAGGAGGGGGGGAAUGGACAGGGCCUGUCACCAGGGCAACUGGGAGGGUACGCAGACCAAAGGGAGUACAACCACUCUACCUCGAAACAGGACGAAUGUCUGCAGGUCAAGUCCAUCAAGACAGAGAAACCCAUGACGUCUCAGCCAAGCCCUGGCGGUCAGUCUACAUGCAGCAGUGACCAGUCCUCCAUCAGCGCCUAUCCCAGCCGUGGAGUCCAGCUUGCUGUGAGGGGAAGGGUGGGACUAGGACUGGGCGAGAGACUGGGAGAGUAUGAGGAGUUGGAGGAUGAGGAGGAGAAUGUGUUGGAGGAGUUAGAAGGGGGCUGUGGGGCCCCCAUCAUGGACUCCACUGUGUCCACAGCCACAGCGGCUACGUUGGCACUGCAGGCGAGGAGAAGUGUGGGCCGACCCAUGAGAUGGAUGGAGCACAUGAAGAUGGAGAGGCUGAAGCAGGUGAACGGAGGAGGAGGCCCCAUUCCCAGGCUGUCACCCACACCGCCACCCAAGGGACCUGCCACGCUGCCCGCCAUUCUGGGGAAGGAUCCAUACCUGGGCAGGUUAUCCCAGCCGAAGCCUCCCCCUCAUCCCGAGCUGGGAAGCACAGAACUUACGGUGCUCAGCAUGCUCCACAGCAUUGAGCGCGGUGACCGGCGGGACAGCUGUGGUAGCGCCACCAGCUCAGCAUACCUGAGCAGCAGCCGGCGCUCCUCGGGUAUCUCGCCGUGCUUCUCGUCGCGGCGCUCUAGCCAGGCAUCCCAGAGCGAGGCAGCCACCACCCCUAGUCACCACUACCGCCACCACAACCUCAGCUCUGCCGACUCCUACGACCCCAUCUCUACCGAUGCCUCACGCCGCUCCAGCGAGGCCAGCCAGUGCGGGGGAGGUGGUGGAGAAGGUGGGGUAUUUGUGGGUGGGGGGUGGGCGCGUGUCGGGGGAGGGACCAAGGGGAUGCUCAACCUCACGCCUGCGCAGCACUACUACCUGAAGGCCAAGUACGCUGCUGCCACGGGCGGCCCACCCCCAACACCGCUGCCCAACAUAGAGUGCAUGAGUCUGAAGACCCACAUGGCCAUGAUGAGCGAGGUCCAGGGCGAAGCUGGAGGCAACUAUGUGAUGCCCCAGCUGGUCAGGUCGCGCCGCUGCAGCGAUGGCAGCACCACCAACAGGUACGGGUGCCACGGUGGCUACCGAGACUACUGGCGGAGGGGCUUCUACCCCGGCGAGGGCCCAGGGAACGGUCCGGACCGGAGGGCCAGCGACCCCGUACGGACCCAUCCUCAGCAAGCACCAGAGUUCUUUGGGCUGCCCCAGGUCCAGUGCUUCAGCAGCCUUAACAACAUACACCCUCUGCCCCCGCUAUCAGGCCUCCAGCACCCCACGGCAAAGGGCCGUAGCUUCAGUCUGCAGAACUACACACGCUCCGACGUGAACCUACAGAGAGGGGGCCUGUUCUCCUCGCCCUGCCCCCCCAGCAUCAUGGAGAACACAGCCCUGGAGGCCCUGGCCAUGGAGGAAGGGGGGAUGCUGGGGGAUGAGGACAUGCUUCCUGACGACAUGGUGCAGUACCUCCGCUCACAGGACAAGGCAGGCUCCUACAACAACUACAUGGAGAACCAGGUGGCUCGGGACAAUGGACAUCUCCCUGGGGGGGAGUUACAGAACCAGGGCCCAGGGCUGAACCAGUGCUUCUACAGCCCCCAGCAGCACCAACAGCGGCAGGAACUGGAGAGAAAGAGCCCUAGUAAAGAAGGCAUGCCCAUCCAGUGGAAUGAGGUGAGCUCAGGGAGUGCUGAGAGGUCUCCACAGAGACAGCCCCAGGCCCAGUCCCAGCAGAGGUGUAGUCGAUGGGCCGCCACAGAGCAGCACCAAGGUCUGGCUGCCAGUUCGCCAUUAGGGAGGUUUGGGAACAUGGUGGUGCAGCCGCAACAACCAUUCGCCAGAGAGUUCCAGAACCAACGCUGUGCCCAGCCAGCCCAGUCCCAAUCUCAGCCUCGAUGCGGGCUAAAGUCAGAGGUGACCACCCAUUCCUGCAUGGAGAUGAAAGGGAAUGACCACAACCCCACACACACUUUUGGCCGCCCUGACUUCUCCCAGAUCACCAUGGGGCCUCUGCCCCAGGGCUACGGCCAGCAGAAGUAUCACAACCAGACCCAGAACCACAGAACCUCCAGGCAGAUCGGAGAAAACCUGCUCCUCAGCCGGGGCUCCAUGGACAGCCUAUCCAGCCUCUCCCCGGCACUCCACCACCAACUCCUUGCCGCCGCCUCCCCCUGCCUGCAGCAGGCCAACAGCAGGCACCCGGCCAGACCACAGCAAUACCUGAAUCUCCAACCGAGCACCACCAACGGUAGCCAUGUCAACCUUACCCAUCAGAACAUUUCCCAGCAGCAGCAGAGUCUGAGCAACCAAGGCAGCCACUGCUCCCUGGCCCGUCAGGUGUCCGGGCUGAAGCUAGAGGUUCCUGACCAGGACUAUCUGGACCAGGGCUUCAGCGACCAGGCUGUGUGCUUUGACCCGGUGGAGACCAAGGCCUCGUCCUCCCCUCCCCUGGAGGAGCAGUGUCUGCUGGAAACCAUGACCGAGCAGGUGGGUCUAGACGUGCACUCCUCAGUCCCAGCCUGCCUACUAUCUCCGGGUGCCGACCAGGUGACCAGUACGGUGGACAGUGGCGUGGACGGCUCAGCCAACGUGCUAGACGACGUGGUGGCGCUGGACUUCGACGCCAUGCUGGAUAAUGUGGGGUUGGGCUACGACCAGAGUAGUCUGGUAUCGGGGGUGAUCAGCCCCUCCAUCUUCCAAGGCCUGUCCCGGACCUCGUCCCGCCUCACCACUCCCCGGGCCUCUGCCACCUUCCACAGCACUGCGGGCAUGGUGUCUUCCAACCUCAGCAACAUGGCCAUCGGGGACAUGAGCUCCUUCCUCACCACCCUCGCCGAGGAGAGCAAGUUCCUGGCCAUCAUGCAGUAACUAACUCCGUCCUUCCUUCGCUUUAUCCCUCCCCUGUCUAAAAGGAAAUAGAGGAAAAACCUGAUGCAUGUAAAGAACUGAAAGAGGAAAAAAGAUGGUAACACUUAUGACAAAGCGACAAAUUAUCACAGUUUAUUAUACUUACCUAAAGUGUUUCCCAAAACAGAUUUGUUGCCAAAAUGAUUUAUUUUGUAAAAGUGUCAUCCCCUCUCUUCUGAGGCAAGUGAUGUGUCAAAAAUUAUAUAUAGGUAUAUUCAAUUUCUGUAAUGAAGGCUAUUUUUGGAAGCCCUUCCCUUUGUAUUACUGAUGAGCGAGUGAGGCCUCUGAUAGCAUUUCUGGUCUUGUCCCUUUGGAACGUUAUUCUGUGUAUCGUUGCUGUUUUUUUUGCUGUACACUGUUGGUAUAAAUGCAUGUUGUAUUCAAGGUCAAACAUAAACACUGUCUUCAUAAGUACAUAGACUAGCCCACGUGCUAAGUAUCUAAUCCUAUUGGAUGUGCCAUUUACCAUUAUGGUCCAACAAUCGCCUCAUAUAAAUCCUUAUGUUAUCAGGUCAUAAGAGGGUCAAAAGUCCCCUGGUUGUUAUCUUUCUAUAUUUACUUGUUAUAGAAAGAUUAUAAUUUUGUUAGUAUGUUACUUUUGAGAAUAUGUAAAUGUUAGUGUUAGUGCUUCUACCAAGUCUUACCAAGUGGGAGUAUUACGAUAAUAUUCAAAGUCUUUGAAUUACAAGCGCCAAAACGUAGCCCUUUAGUUCAUACUCCAAUGGCUUGAUUUACAAUGUCUGUAAUGGUACUCACAGGUGUAUAUAUACCAAUGUGGGUUUUUGUCUUCAUAUUUUCUUUGUGAAAAUCAGAUUUUUGUUUUGAGGUGCUUUCUGUAGAAAACAAGCAUUUAUGGACAGUAUGGGACAUAUUCUUUUUACUUUUUUUUAUACAACAGAUCAUCCAUUAAUUCUAAGCGUAGCACAUGAUUCACUGAUUUUAAAAAAGGGUACCAUUUGUUUUCUGUUUUUUUAUCCACAAUUGUAUUUGACCAUUUUAGAAAUGUGAUCCUUUUUUUGUCUGAUAGACAUUUAUAGUGGAUCAUCCAUAUUCUAUUCUCCAAAAGAGUACAAUAUAUGUCCUGCCACUAUGGAGUGCAGUGACCCUUUCAACAGUGUUAGUAUCACCUUGCAAUCCCACAUGACAGUGUACAGUAUUUGAAAUAGUUUCCUUAAUCUUCAGUGGCAAAGUACAGAAUUGUUUUGAUGUUUUUUGGUACUUUUUGGUACUUUUUUGUCUUUGUAGCUGUAGUUGUAGCUGUGCAUCGGUGUUUUGUUUUGGAAGAAGUAAGAACUCAUUCCCUCGUGAAAGGACCAGAGUGAAUGGCCAUGAGGUAUGUGCCUUAAUAAAACCUGCCUGUCGGAAAAUAAAAAGAUCACUGCCAAUCUUCCAUGGUUAAUUCUGAAAAGAAACACAUGUUAAGUGUCUUGUGAGACCUGUAAAAUUCACAUAAACAUUUAUAUUUAAAAACGGAUUAUCGAUAAGACUGAAAUGUGUAAAAUGCAUUAACUUUCAUGUUUGUUAAUCUUUUUUCUUUUUUUACUAUUGCCUUUUUUUAUACCUGUAAAUAUAUGACUCUUUCUGUAGGUUUAGCUCAGAUAUGAGGAUGAGGCAGAGGGGUCAAUAAAGAAAUGACUCUUAAAAGCAGGGAUUCCCAGACCAGGCAGAUUUGGCUCUGAGUGGUGAAGAGCCACUUUGCUCUUUUCUAACUGACCACAAAUGUUUGUAUGGUUUUAAUAAAAAAAGGAAAUUAUA